AUGUCUCUCGAUGGAGUUAAAAACAUCGUCCUGAUUCUAUCCGGCAAAGGUGGUGUCGGAAAAUCCUCCGUAACCCUCCAACUAGCCCUUGCGCUCUCCCUCCAAGGAAAAUCCGUCGGCAUCCUCGACAUCGACCUAACAGGCCCCUCAAUCCCCCGUCUAGUCGGCCUCGAAGAUGCAAAGAUCACCCAAUCCCCCGCAGGCUGGCUUCCAGUUCCGGUACACAGCAGGGUCACAUCACAAACCACAGACUCUACAACCCCGUCCCCCUCCCCGCGCGGCUCCCUCCACUGCAUGUCCCUAGGUUUCCUCCUCCGAGACCGCGGCGACGCAGUAAUCUGGCGCGGUCCUAAGAAAACAGCGAUGAUCCGUCAGUUCCUUUCAGAUGUCUCAUGGGGCUCCACAGAUUACCUGCUUAUUGAUACACCGCCGGGUACGAGCGACGAGCAUAUUGCGCUUGCGGAACAACUACUUACCCUCUCGACUGCGGACCCGGUGCUAGCGGCGCAGAAUCAUAUGCCUAGGUUGGCGGGUGCAGUGCUGGUUACUACGCCACAGGCUGUUGCGACAUCAGAUGUACGCAAAGAGGCGAAUUUCUGCGUGAAGACUAGUAUACCUAUUCUGGGUGUUAUCGAGAAUAUGUCGGGUUACGCUUGUCCGUGUUGUGGGGAAGUGAGCAAUUUGUUCUCGAGUGGUGGUGGAGAGGUCAUGUCGCAGCAACUUGGAAUUCCAUUUUUGGGGAAGGUGCCUGUUGAUGUUAAGUUCGGGGAAUUGGUUGAAGGGAAGAUGGAGUUGAGUGAUGACGAAGAUGAAGAUGAAACAGACGACAAUGAUGGGCAGAAACAGAAUAAGGUGCAGGCCGAGCCGGUUGAACCAGAUGAGAGGCCCCUCGUCGAAAAGUACCAGGAGGGAUGGUCUUAUCCUCGAUUUGAAGGGUUUGCGAAGACCAUUGUUGAUGGGUUGCAGCAGACUGCAGCCUAA